GCAUGCGUAGUUUCGGUCCUGGGGGUGCCGCGCCAGCCCGUCUCCGCGGCGGGGUACCGGACCGCCUUGGCCGCUUAGCGCUCCCGUCUUUUCCGGCGGUUGGAACGCUUCCUGUUGUCCUCACCCGUAACCGCCUGUCGCCCCCUGUCUCAGAGUCCCUCACGCGUCCCCUCCCGUCUUUGGCUCGUUGGCUGCCGCCGCCGGGGCUUCGCCAGCCUUCACGUCGAGACUACUGGCCGAAGGGGCGUCUGCGGCUCUCCGCCGUCCCCAGCCCUGCCUCUCCCGGGGCUCUGCCAUGGCAAUGACAGGCUCAACACCUUGCUCAUCCAUGAGUAACCACACAAAGGAAAGGGUGACAAUGACCAAAGUGACACUGGAGAAUUUUUAUAGCAACCUUAUCGCUCAACAUGAAGAACGAGAAAUGAGACAAAAGAAGUUAGAAAAGGUGAUGGAAGAAGAAGGCCUAAAAGAUGAGGAGAAACGACUCCGGAGAUCAGCACAUGCUCGGAAGGAAACAGAGUUUCUUCGUUUGAAGAGAACAAGACUUGGACUGGAAGAUUUUGAGUCCUUAAAAGUAAUAGGCAGAGGAGCAUUUGGUGAGGUACGGCUUGUUCAGAAGAAAGAUACGGGACAUGUGUAUGCAAUGAAAAUACUGCGUAAAGCAGAUAUGCUUGAAAAAGAGCAGGUUGGCCACAUUCGUGCGGAGCGUGACAUUCUAGUGGAGGCAGACAGUUUGUGGGUUGUGAAAAUGUUCUAUAGUUUUCAGGAUAAGCUAAACCUCUACCUAAUCAUGGAGUUCCUGCCUGGAGGGGAUAUGAUGACCUUGUUGAUGAAAAAAGACACCCUGACAGAAGAGGAGACUCAGUUUUAUAUAGCAGAAACAGUAUUAGCCAUAGACUCUAUUCACCAACUUGGAUUCAUCCACAGAGACAUCAAACCAGACAACCUUCUUUUGGACAGCAAGGGCCAUGUGAAACUUUCUGACUUUGGUCUUUGCACAGGACUGAAAAAAGCACAUAGGACAGAAUUUUAUAGAAAUCUGAACCACAGCCUCCCCAGUGAUUUCACUUUCCAGAACAUGAAUUCCAAAAGGAAAGCAGAAACCUGGAAAAGAAAUAGACGUCAGCUAGCCUUCUCCACAGUAGGCACUCCUGACUACAUUGCUCCUGAGGUGUUCAUGCAGACCGGGUACAACAAGCUCUGUGAUUGGUGGUCGCUUGGGGUGAUCAUGUAUGAGAUGCUCAUCGGCUACCCACCUUUCUGUUCUGAGACCCCUCAAGAGACAUAUAAGAAGGUGAUGAACUGGAAAGAAACUUUGACUUUUCCUCCAGAAGUUCCCAUCUCUGAGAAAGCCAAGGAUCUAAUUUUGAGAUUCUGCUGUGAAUGGGAACAUAGAAUUGGAGCUCCUGGAGUUGAGGAAAUAAAAAGUAACUCUUUUUUUGAAGGCGUUGACUGGGAACAUAUCAGAGAGAGACCUGCUGCAAUAUCUAUUGAAAUCAAAAGCAUUGAUGAUACCUCAAACUUCGAUGAAUUUCCGGAAUCUGAUAUUCUUAAGCCAACAGGUAACACCACCAGCAUUGUCUCCUGCUGCCUUAUAAGCACAUUAUUUACCCCCAAUUUUGGGAUGAUGUUUACAAAUCAGAGUAGUGAACAUGGAGAGGAAUUUCAUUUCUUCAGGUUCUUUGUAAGUACUUUUCCAGUUCUAAUGCUGGGUAGUGGUGAAACCUUGGUGAAUGGAAAAUGAGUAUCAGCUCCCAUGUUUAGACUGCUCAACUGGGUGAGUAAGUCACAAAAAUCUGUUCUUUUGUUAUUUUCUAAGUGUUAGGUAAUCUGAAAUGACAGGAAUGGGAAAAUAAAACAUUAAAAAAUUUGUGAAGAAAUAUGAGAUUUAAAGAACAUGAGCAAGAAAAUGUAGAAAAUUCAUAGAGUGAGGCCAUGCGCGGUGGCUCACGCCUGAAAUCCCAGCACUUUGGGAGGCCGAGGUGGGCAGAUCACAAGGUCAAGAGAUCGAGACCAUCCUGGCCAACAUGGUGAAACCCCAUCUCUACUGAAAAUACAAAAAUUAGCUGGGUGUGGUGGCACGCGCCUGUAGUCCCAGCUACUGGGGAGGCUGAGGCAGAAGGACUGCUUGAACCCGGGAGGCAAGGUUGCAGUGAGCUGAGAUGACACCACUGCACUGCAGCCUGGCGACAGAGCAAGACUCUGUCUCAAAAGAAAGAAAAAAAAAUUCAUAGCGUGAAAAAUAAGCUUUCCCAAAUAGAAACUGGUGUGUUCUUCAGAGUCCCGUCUUCAGCACCGUGAGUAGUCCAUUGGAGGUAAGGCAAUGAAUCAACUCUCACAUCUAUUUCUUUCCCAGUGGCCACAAGUAAUCAUCCUGAGACUGACUACAAGAACAAAGACUGGGUCUUCAUCAAUUACACAUACAAGCGCUUUGAGGGCCUGACUGCAAGGGGGGCAAUACCUUCCUACAUGAAAGCAGCAAAAUAGUACUCUUGCCACGGAAUCCUACGUGGAGCAGAGUUCUUUGUAUAACAUCAUGCUUUUCCUCUCACACUCUUGAAGAGCUUCCAAGAAGUUGAUGGAACCCACCAAUAUGUCAUAGUAAAGUCUCCUGAAAUGUGAUAGUAAGAGGAUUUUCUUCCGUAAUGCAUCUGAAAAACUGUAAACAAAGACAACCGUUUCUACUACAUCGGCCAUAAACAGCUAUCCUGCUUUGGAAGAGAAGCAUCAUGAGCCAAUUUGAUAGGUGUUUUAAAAAUAACUUGAGUUUUCCUAAGUUCAUCAGAAUGAAGGGGAAAAAGAGCCAUCAUCCAACAUUAUUGAGAUUGUCGUGUAUAGUCAUCGAAUAUCAGCCAGUUCCUGUGAUUUUGUGACACGCUCUCUGCCAAGCCCACCAAGUAUUUCCUUUAUAGCUAAAAGUUCCAUAGUACUAAGGAAAUAAAGCAAUAAAGACAGUCUCAGCAGCCAGGAUUCUGGCUGAAGGAAAUGAUCCGCCACCCUGAGGGUGGUGAUGGUAGUUUCUACCCAUACCUCAGCCUCAGGCGAGUGGCUUAUAGCCUCCAUUCAUGGUGCACUUUAUUUAUGGUACUAAGAUAAAGACUGUCAAUCCAUUGAUGUAUCUCCUCCCUGUCCCCCAUCUAAAAUACCCAUGCUGCUUUUCUGAGUGUUGAUGGGGGUUACCAGCUUGAUCUACUGUUGCUCUUAGAAGGCCCAGAAAAUUUCUUGGGCAUUGCCAAGGAAUCCCGGAUUAUGUGGAAAACCCUCACUUUCUUUUCAUGGCUGUACCAGAAGAUUCCCUAAGACAGAUGUUGCCGUGGACCAGCAAUACCUGCAAGUGCUGCCAGCGGGAACUCAGUUUAUUCCCAGGAACCUAACGAGGAGAGCCCAGGCCUAGGCAGGAGGCCUGGAACCCUCUUGGCUAAGGUGCUGUUCCUGUUCCUGCAAGGUCUCCAGAACCCCUUUGGAAAUGGUGAAGGAACAGCCCAAUAGAAGUACAGAGCCAGCUGACAAGUCCUUGUAAAGCUCACUCCUCAGUCCUUGGCGCAACCAUGUUUUGUCUUCUCUCUUGGUAUUUCUUCUCUCCCAACUUUAGCCAUUUUGCCUUGGAAUCAUGAUUACAAUUUUUUCCUUUGCAGAUGCCUUCCUGGGGGAUACUCCUCCCCACCCUAAAGGGUCGCCUGCAAUUUAGGCGGAUUGGGUCUCUCUGCUGUGGCGUUCUCUCUUGAGAGACCCUCUGAAUUUUAGCACAAAGUGCCUUCUGUUUCACAGCUGCCACCACCUUUAGAGGAAUUACGUCAGAAAAAUGUGGAGGCUCCAUAUUAAUGCAUUAUUUUAAAAAAAGUGUUGAUAACUCUUAAAGCAUCAUUUGCACCUAUGUGGGAACUUUGCCAGUUGCAGAGUAUUGUGGCCGAGCUGCAGCUGGGAGCCUGCUUUCUGCCAGUCUUGAGGUUGUGAAGAUCAGCUUUGAAAGGAAAGGAUGUCCUAGCUUAGCCAUUCAGAAGAGAAAAAUGGAAUAUCAGAGUUACAGUUGUCAGUGAAACUGCUUUGGGUUUUAACCUCUUAAGAGGAAGAAAAAAGGUUAGGGAAGUCUCAACUCUGGAUGAAGGUGAUGUGUUUGCCUCUCAGUCUUUCAUUCAUAGCCUGCUAGUGAAAAGGAAGUAAAUGAGAUUCUUUGUGUGACUUUGUAGUCUCUUUGUAUUACCAAAUAGUUGGGGUGUGGACUCCUGUGUGUUUUGCAAGAAUGUGUGGUAAGCCUGGGUAAAGAGAAGGAACUGCGGUGUUGGGAGAGUCUUUGUGUUGGGGAGUGGCAGGGGAUGAUUUAUUUCAGGGGAAAAUGCCCACAUUUUAACUUCUGAAUAAACUGUGUAAAAACAGUA